GGAUUGGAUAUUACUGCGGUCCACGAGUAUAGAAAACCGUUGGAGAGAGCAUCUAAAUGCUUGCCACGGUUGAGAAGAGAGAGUGGAAGCAGGACCCGCGUAGAGAAGAGAGUAGAAAAAGUGAGGAAUGUUCGCAGUUCCCAGUUCCCUAACGUGUGGUCGGCUCCGUUUGAAAUACGCGCCGCUUAUAUUAUUUUAUUAAGAAGUUUGAAGAGGGUGGUGUUUCUCUGA